AUGUGUUGUUAUUGUUUUGUUAAUUCUGAGGUGGUCGAUGAAGUGUCGGUUUUAUUGACGAUAAAAUCGAGUCUUGUCGAUCCAUUGGAUCAGCUCAAGGAUUGGAAAUUGCCUGAUAAGGUGAUGAAGAACAGUUCUGUUCACUGCAAUUGGACUGGAGUUGAAUGCAACUCCAAUGGUGCAUUGGAGAAGCUUGAUCUUUCCCACAUGAAUCUCACUGGGAUUUUAUCGAACGACAUCCAGCGGUUACAAAGCCUGAGCUAUUUAAACGUGUGCUGCAAUGGAUUUUCUUCGCCAUUGCCGAAAUCUUGGUCCAAUCUUAAUGCAAUCAAGAUCAUUGAUCUGAGCCAAAACUUCUUCAUCGACAGGUUCCCUGCUGGUCUUGGAAUGGCAUCUACAUUGAUAGCAUUGAAUGCCUCGGGGAAUAACUUCUCGGGUUAUCUUCCUGAGGAUCUUGGAAAUGCUACAUUGCUCGAGAGCUUGGAUUUGCGAGGGAAUUUCUUUGAGGGUUCUAUUCCAAAGUCGUACAAGAAUCUUGGGAAGUUGAAGUAUCUAGGCCUAUCAGGGAACAAUCUUACUGGCCAGAUACCGGGAGAGCUAGGCGAGCUUUCAUCCCUCGAGACAAUGGUUCUUGGAUACAAUGAAUUUGAAGGUCGGAUUCCUGCGGAGUUUGGAAAUCUUACCAAUCUCAGUUACCUUGACCUGGCCAUAGGCAAUCUUGGUGGCUCGAUUCCAGCCGAAUUGGGAAAAUUGAAGUUCCUCAAUACGGUUUUCUUGUACAAGAACAAUUUGGUGGGAAGAAUUCCACCAGAAAUUGGUAACAUAACUUCGUUACAGUUUCUCGACUUAUCUGAUAACAUGUUAGAAGGAGAAAUUCCGGCCGAAAUAGCAAAUCUUAAGUAUUUGCAGCUUCUGAAUCUGAUGUGCAACCAGUUAUCGGGUUCUGUUCCUGCUGCAAUUGGGGAGUCAACUCGACUGGCGGUGCUGGAACUAUGGAACAAUUCUUUGUCAGGUCCUUUGCCAAGUGACCUUGGCCGCAAUUCACCACUUCAGUGGAUGGAUAUUUCGUCUAACGCCUUUUCUGGUCCAAUCCCGGCCAGUUUAUGCGCUAAAGGUAACCUCACUAAGCUCAUUUUAUUCAACAAUGCUUUCUCCGGUCCAAUUCCAUCUGGUUUAUCAACUUGUACGUCCCUAGUUCGCGUAAGAAUGCAAAAUAAUCUUCUUUCUGGCACAAUCCCGGUAAACUUUGGAAAACUUGAGAAACUUCUAAGGCUGGAACUGGCGAAUAAUAGUCUCACCGGUCAAAUACCAAAUGAUCUUUCGGCUUCUACUUCUCUUUCUUUUAUUGAUUUGUCCAAAAAUCUCCUUCAGUCUUCGCUUCCUUCCUCCAUUCUUUCGAUCCCGAAUUUGCAAAACUUCUUGGCAUCGGGUAAUAACUUGGUAGGAGAAAUACCAGAUCAGUUCCAAGACUGUCCUUCACUUUCUGUGCUAGAUCUCUCUUCAAACCACUUCACUGGAAGCAUUCCAGCUAGUAUUGCUUCAUGUGAGAAAUUAGUGACUCUGAAUCUUCGGAACAACCAGUUACGUGGGACGAUCCCUAAAGCAAUAGCCAUGAUGCCCACAUUGGCCGUUUUGGAUCUAUCUAAUAACUCUCUGACUGGAGGGAUACCUGAAAAUUUUGGGAAUUCACCGGCCUUAGAAAUGCUCAACGUGUCUUAUAACAAGCUAGAGGGGUCUGUCCCUGAAAAUGGCAUGCUCAGAACUAUAAAUCCAGAUGAUCUCGUUGGAAAUGCUGGUCUUUGUGGGGGCGUGCUUCCUCCGUGCUCUUACAAUGAGGCAUACACUUCAAAACAGAGGGGCCUCCACGUGGAACACAUCAUUGCAGGAUGGGUAAUUGGAAUUUUGACGCUUCUAGCACUUGUUGUAGCAGCUUUUGGAGCUCGAACUUUGUACCGUAGAUUUUACGAUGGGAACUGCUUCGAGGAAAAAAUUGAAAUGGGAAGUGGAGAGUGGCCUUGGAGAUUGAUGGCAUUCCAGAGGCUCGGUUUCAAUAUCAAGGAUAUCCUAGCUUGCGUUAAGGAAUUGAAUGUGAUUGGAAUGGGGGCAACUGGGACAGUUUACAAGGCUGAGAUUCAACGAUUAAGUACGACUGUUGCAGUCAAGAAACUGUGGAGAUCAGCAACUGAUAUCGAAAUGGGAGGCAAUGAAGAUCUUGUGGGCGAAGUUAACCUCUUAGCAAAAUUAAGACAUAGGAACAUUGUAAGACUAUUAGGAUUUCUUCAGAAUGAUUCUGAUGCAAUGAUAAUCUACGAGUACAUGCAAAACGGCAGCCUUGGAGAAGCUUUACAUGGAAAACAAACCGGAAGGUUGCUGGUGGACUGGGUUUCACGCUAUAAUAUAGCGCUUGGAGUUGCACAGGGACUUGCAUACCUCCACCAUGACUGUUUUCCACCAGUGAUCCACCGGGAUGUCAAGUCAAACAACAUAUUGCUCGAUGCCAAUCUUGAGGCAAGAGUUGCCGAUUUUGGGCUGGCAAAAAUGAUGCUUAAGAAGAACGAGACAGUCUCAGUGGUAGCUGGAUCAUACGGAUACAUAGCCCCAGAAUAUGGAUACUCGUUGAAAGUUGAUGAGAAAAGCGAUAUUUACAGCUACGGAGUAGUGCUAAUGGAACUUGUAACUGGAAGAAGGCCCUUGGACCCUGAAUUCGGAGAAUCUGUUGAUAUUGUAGGAUGGAUGUGCAGAAAAAUGCACGACAAAUCUUUAGAAGCAGCUCUAGAUCCAACUGUAGGAAACACUAAACAUGUUCAAGAAGAGAUGUUAUUAGUCCUGCGAAUAGCCAUACUUUGUACAGCCAAGCUCCCAAAGGAUAGACCUUCCAUGCGGGAUGUUUUAACAAUGCUUGGAGAGGCUAAACCUCGGAGAAAAAGUAGCAGCAACAAUGGAGGAAAUCUUGCGAACAAAGAUAUGCCAGUAUUUAGCACAUCACCAGUGAACGGUCUUCUGUAA